CUGCGCGCCAACUGUGCCGUGCCAACGACGGAGUUGUCGCUUAUCCUCUUUAUAAUCAUACUCGCAAAAAAAGAAAAUAGUGCCAUCUUUUAUCUUUCCGCGGUCAGUGGCAAGAUAAUCAAAUAUACUGAGUCAUAUUUCCACCAAUCAUAUAGAUAAGCUCAGAAUCAAUGCCGAGCGAACAACAAACUUCACCCAUUUUGAUCGUGGGAGCUGGGAUUAGCGGCCUUGCGCUGGCCCAGUACCUACACAAAUCGAAAGUUCCGUUCAGGAUUUUUGACCGCGAUACUUCGAUUGUCUCUCGUACGGGUGGUUGGGGACUGACGUUCCACUGGGGUUUGCCAGCGCUGCAGGAACUUCUCCCGGAACACCUCUACGCUCGGUUAGGAGAGUGCAAUGUCAACCCGGCCGUUACCGAUGCCGGCAGUUAUCAGUUCCUGGAUCUGAAAACAGGCGAUGCUCUGCAUGCAGCUACUUUCCCUAAAACAGGUCGGCUGCGUGUAAUCCGCUCUAAGCUUCGGACUCUUCUUUCCACUGAUAUCAAUGUUGAGUGGUCGAAGCGAUUGACGGGAGUGGUCAACAAUACGGAAAGCGUUACUGUUAAGUUUGAGGACGGGACUACCGCCACAGGCUGGCUUCUGGUUGCCUGUGAUGGCUCUAAUUCCCUUGUCCGAAAGUACGUUCACCCAUCGGCAUUCGAAAACGUGCCCGUUCCAGUGCAUCUGCUGGGUGUGACGGUAUCAUAUACUCCCGAACAAGUAGCCGCCGCUCUAGCCAUCGACCCAUACUUCUUCCAAGGCACUCACUCAGAAUCAAACUUCUACCUCUUCUUUAGCUUCUUGAACUCGCCAUACAACACAGGCAAUAAUACCGGUAACUACAUCUGCCAAGUUAUAAUAUCGUGGGCCGAAACCAGGGGAAUUGUGGUGCCUGAAAGUAACGCAGAAAGAAUCUCUCUUAUCAAACAGGUCACGGGCGACUGGACAGAGAAUCUACGUGGGCUAAUUGAGACGAUCCCCGAUGAUGCCGAGGCCACAGCCAUUCGUCUAGCCGACUGGUUCCCGACGACAAAGCGGGAGCAGGACCGCGUGGUUCUCAUGGGUGAUGCGGCCCAUACGAUGACCAUGUUUCGCGGCGAAGGGGGCAACAAUGCUGUGACAGACGCCAGUGACUUCGCCAAGCACCUUGGCCCUCUUAUCACAUCCAGCGAGAAAAUACCCUGGUCUGCAUUUUCGCAGGCGCUAACUGCAUAUGACCAGGACGUCUUCACUCGGGGGCAGGUGUGCGUUGUAAAUGCCCGGCGAGCAUGUCUAGAUGCGCACGACUUUGCUUCGGUCACGGCAGACAGCCCGCUGGUGUCGAGGCGAAGCAAGUAACUAGAGACGCCCCAUUUUUCUCAGUUCUGUCGAGUGCAUACUCUCGGCAUAACCCCCUGUGGGAUAGUUCACUUAGCUAAAUAUUGCGCGCUUCCUGCAUCGAACUUAGAGUCGCGGGAAAUGGAAUAUGGCCGCGUUACUCUAAUAAAAUGAUGGAUUACAGCCAAAAAAAAAGAAAAG